GCAAACCGGUCAGAUAUAUUCAACUCGUUUAGCUCUCCCGAUAGAAUUAGCUGUAUAUAUAAUAACAACCGGUACGGUUUGAAGAUAAGAAUGGUUCGUUAUAAAAAAGUAAACGUUUUCUCAAUCAAAAGCAUACAAUCGCAACUAUGCUUAGCUGGCAAGCACAUCGAUGAAUCAUCAAUUAACACUACCUACUAGCUACUAACUACUACUUAUCGUGACACCUUCCCCACACGUGCGUGGUGUACAUCGGUUUUAUAAGUGAUAAAUGUGAUACAUAAUACAGCAUACAUAAUUCUAAACAAAAGGAAAGACAGGUUUAAAAUUGAGACGACAGGGCAAAGGGUGUGCACUACUAUUGAUAGCGUGUUUGCUGCGUGUGUAAGUGGCGGUAGUGUAAGAUAGCGAAGAUGUAAAAGAAAGAUAAAAAAAAAAACAAACAAUCAUGUACACUAUUAGAGAAAGAUGGAAAGAGGGCGUAUACGGUGCCGCCGCGGUUUUGCGAACCAUCAAGGUUAAGCUCUAGGCGGAAGAAAUUUAUAUGAAAUUGUGCACACCCCACAAGCAGAGGGAUGGUGGUAGUUUGUAGUGAGUGUCGUGUCUGUGUGCGGUUCAAAUCACCCCAAAAAUACGGGUGAGGACAUUGUUUUUUACUCGAACCACGAUGGCAAAAACCGUGCAGAACUGCAAAUGAAUCGAAAAAUAAAAGUAUAAAUCCCUUUAUGUGUAAAUGUAUGCGCAUUUGGGUUGUUUUUUUUUAUUAUGAUUUUGUUUUCUAUUACGAAACAUGGGGACGAGGAAAUGCUCAUCUCCGGAAGAUUUCUAAUCAAACGCACGUCCAUUAAACCACAGAGAAGUAACGGGGUACAUGCUGUUCUUUCGCGUCAUCAAUCUCGUGACGCUGCGGCGACUAUUUCCGCAGCUGGCGGUCAUCCGCGGGCAGCAGCUGAUCGGCAACUAUGCGCUGGUGUUUUACUACAUGGAGAACAUGAUCGAGCUUGGACUGAAGAACCUGGUAGCGAUCCAGCGCGGCUUCGUGUACACACUGCACUGCCCUCAGCUAUGCCAUCUAGAUACGAUUGAUUGGGCCGCUAUCAGUGGCCUGGAGAAUGGUACGAAAAGCCAGAACUCGUUCGAACCGCCCAAAUCGGUGUGCAACAACUCGACGGUGUGCCGGGCCUGCGUACCGACCUACUGCUGGGGCAGCGAAAGCUGCCAAAAGUUCUACAACGGCUACAAUUUUAAUGGUCGUAUCAAGUGUCACCCUCAGUGCCUGGGAGGGUGUACUGGAACGUCCGCGACCGAGUGUAAGGUGUGUCGGGGUUGGAAGGAAGGCAAACGAUGCGUCGAACAGUGUUCCGCUGAUCGCCUACUGUACCGCCCAACGAAGCGCUGCAUCACGAAGGAAACCUGCCUGGAACGGAGCGGGCUACUGUACCAGAACGAGUGUGUGCUCGAGUGCCCGGCCGGCUACAGUACGACCAACGUAGACCAGGAGCAGGCCGAUUUUUCCGACCACAAGUGCUACCCCUGUCUGUACCGGUGCCCGAAGGUAUGCGACGGCACCGAGAUUAUGUAUCUGGCCGAUGCCGAUCGGAUGCGCGGCUGCACGAUCGUGAACGGUACGCUGCACAUCCGGCUGAAGGAGGACCACCCGAACCUGGUCGACGAGCUGCGGAACGGGCUGAGCGAUGUGGAGGAAAUUAUGGGCAAUCUGAAGGUGUUCCGCUCCACCUUCAUCCCGUCGCUCGAGUUUCUCGCCAACCUGCAGAUCAUCCACGGGGUGGACGUGAACGAGAACGCCAAGUUUUCGCUGAUGGUGUACGAAAACAGCAACCUGCAGCGGCUGUGGAACUUUGAGCAGAAAACGAACCUCCGGCUGGACAACGGCGGCAUGUACUUCGCCAACAACAAGCUGCUGUGCGGUGCGCAAAUCAAGCUGCUGCGCCGCAUCACCGACUACAACAAUGCGAGCGACACGAUCGACUGGAGCUCGAACGGGUACAUGCAAGCGUGCAACGUGCAAACGUUCCACGUCCGCGCGUCUGUCCUGUCGAGCCGGAACGCGACGCUCUACUGGCGGAACGAGCCCAACAUCAAGACGCACCACCGGCUGACGGGCUACCUGGUCCACUGCAUCCGCACGGAGGUGGACCGCUCGCCGUACGAGGACCGGGAGCUCUGCUCCAAGUUUGGCUGGAAGUCGCGGCUGGUGCCGCUGGAGGGCGUCAGCAUCGAGGGCAGCUACUACGCGUACCGUCUGACCCGGCUGAAGCCGUACACCCGGUACGGGUGCUACGUGCAGACGUACUACAACGAGUCGGUCAACAAUGCGACCGACCCGGUGGGCAUGUCCGACAUGGUGUACUUCCGCACGGCCAAGGACCGGCCGACGUCGCCGCUGCGCGUGCACACGGCGCGCAAGAACGAGAGCGCGAUCACGCUCGCCUGGGCGAUACUGGCGUCCGAGCAGGGCAUGGUGUCGCUGUACCAGGUGGACGUGUUCCUGCAGCCGGACGAGGUGGCCAAGUUCGACCGGCGCAACUACUGCACGCAUCCGCAUCAGGCGAGAAGCGUGCACAGUGAGCAGGCGCCGGGCGAGGGAAGCUGCACCCGGGACACGUGCUGGGGCUGCGAUCAGCUCGAGUACGAACAGGAGCUGGAAGAGGAGGAGGAAGAGGAAGAGGAUGAGGAUGAUGAGCUGACCACACCGGAUGACUUUUUUGCCGAGCACACGUCGUCGGAGGAUGGGGGUCGUAUUGGAGGGCGCCGGAGGAAGCGUUCCACCGAACGGCAUGGCCGCCGGCGGGUGGAUGACUUUGAGACGAGCAUGCUGAAGCUGCUCAAGGUGGCCGACAGGCACGAGGAUCAUUACGCGCGGCGUAUGCGCCGCGACGCAGCAACGGAGAUCGAGUUUGUGAAUCGACUCUUUUACCACACCUUCACGACGGACAACUACGAGUACACGGUGGCGGGGCUGAGUCCGUUCACGCGCUACGUGUUCCAACUGUUUGCGUGCAGCGAGAACGAUGCCGUGUACUGCAGCUCGUACAGUCUGUACACCGAUCGGACCAACCCGUCGCCGUACGUCGAUCGGGUUAAUGUGAGCGUUGAAAUGAAGGAGCAAGAGAUGGCACCAACUGGCCCCGAACUGAUGGCACCAAAAAACCACAGCUCCGAGGAAGGAAACACGACCGCCACCAUCACCACCACAACGACGCCCCCUGUCUCGAUCGUAAAGACGACGUACGGCGAUCGUAUCGUGCUGUACUUUCCCGAACCGACCGAAGUGAACGGUCUCACCGUGGCUUACCGCGUCGAGCGGGAAGUUAUCAAUGGGACGUACCUGAAGCGGCGCACGGAUUGCUUCACGCGGCUGGAACACGAGCGCAACCAGUAUCGCUACACAAUCCAGGGCGUUACGCCCGGCGAGUAUCUGCUUCGAGUGCAAGCGAUCUCGCUAGCCGGUGCCGGCCCGUUCUCCGAAUGGAUGCUUGUGCGGGUACUUGAGCCAUUGCCGCGGAAGGCGGUGGGCACUGGGAAAGGGUUGCGCGAUGGAUUGAUUGCGCUGCUCGUGCUGCUACUGUUGGGCGGUGGUGGUGCGCUGGCGUUCUACUUUUGCCGGCGUCGUCGGCGAACGUUCCGGCGGGACGAUAAGAUACCGCUCGCCGUCAACGAUGGCAAUGAGAUCAAUCUGGACGAUGGGUUUGUAAACUGCCCGUUGAAGUAGUAGCGCUCAGUUAACGCAAAGCCCAAAAUGUGCCAAAUAGGUCAAUUGCAUCUCACCAAAGUUUGAUUGCCAUUUUUUGCUAAACAUUUAAGAGUGGAAGCGUUUCAUCAUUUAAGUAGCACACAUAGGCAACCGUUUUACGAAGUAAUAGGUAAAUUCAAACAUAUUUUUAAGGUAAAUUCAAACAUAUAAUCGUCAAACUAACAAACGAUCAUUCUUAGAGGACAGUGACAGGACCUUUGCCAAACACAAUGUUGCUUGGAGAUUAGAUAGGAACAAAAUUAUAAUAAGCAAUAAGAGACAAACAGGAAGAGGGAAACGACGAAAGACAUGGUCGCCUUAUUGCUAGGAAUAUUGCACAUAAAUCAGAAAUGAAAUCGAUGUUCAUCCAAACCACGCAUCUCCCUAGCAGCAAGGACACAUCUUGCGUAUCCUCUUACCUGAUACAAACAAGCCUUUUCCUAGAUCUAGAUCAACGCCCUACCAUAAGUCCCACUAAUAGACUAAACCUUUCUAUUUCGUUACUUUAUUGAUUUUACCCAUGGCAGGAUCGUCACAGACUCGCGUAUGAAAGGCUCUCGAGCGGUUUAUACGGACUUACAAGCCCAAAACAAACCGCUAUGACCACACUGAGUAGGUCAUAACAACCAACGAGGAGAAAAUUGUACAAAAAACAUACAGCUAGAUUGCUUUCUACAAAUCAAAGACUUGUACCUUCAUGUCAAAUAGGGUUAAUUAGCAAUCACGCAUCGGUUACCACAGUAUACUCAAAUUUUAUUUUUUUUAAAUUUUUGUAUUAAAGUAAACAAAUUUUAUAUUCAAACAUGUAUUGUAAGAUACACGGUUUUCCAGGAGUUCUCAUAGCUGUGGGACAGUUUAUUAACACUAUUUCUUACGUGAAAUGUACGUAAUAUAAUGGGAAUUGGACUCUAUGGCACUCCUGCUUGCCAAAUCCAAGAUUAAGAUUUUCAAAAGCAGCCAGUUCAAAAUAGGGGGCCAUAAAGUCCAUUUCCCUAAGGAAUUCCUAAGGAGUUUGUCCAAAUAGGGUGCCAUAGAGUCCAAUUUCCAUCUUAUGACGUUCACUUCCUAUAAGAAAGAAUCAAGGAAGUGUCCCACAACUAUGAGAGACCCCUGGAAAACCCUGUAAACAAUCAAAGACAAGCCAAAAUAGGCAUUUACAUGAAACCAAAUAUUCAAAUUCGAAUGUCACAAUGUGUGGGACGAAUUGUAUUCUUCCUUGAUUUUGUUUUAAAUAUCAUUCCUAUUUUAGCAUCCCUGUGAAUGGCUCAAUAGCGGACACCACUACUCUAGGGUAAAGUUAAAUAAAAUGUAGUUUUGCUCUAUUUCUCCCCACA